AUGCCCAUCGCAUUAGUCCAUUCGAUUUCAUUGCCAAAUUUAAAAAUAUACACAACAAUUAGUCUACUGCUGCUAUCUGGCUGUUUCUAUUAUGCAUUUGAUGUCGUACGAACGGAUCCACACUGGAAGCUUCAUCAAAAUUUAACAAAUAACUUUGCAAUCACUCGUCCGAAUUUAAAACAGACGUCAAGUGAUGCACUUGCUGAUAAUGAAAUCAUAUCGUCACUUAAAUCGUCUUUAGAACAAACAACAAGUGAGGAAGUUGAUAAGGGAGAAAUUGUUGACGUGAUUCAGGACAAAAUACAAGAAAGUGUAUUUGAUGAAUCGAGUCUUAAUCAGACACAGACAUUAGUGGAUCAAUUAAAGGAAGUUGCACAGUUUAUGACACAUGAGCCGAUAUGUAUUUGGACCCUCAUAAACAUGGCGUACUGCUGUCUUAUUCUGCUUGGCAAAUCAAUUCAAAAGAUUGUUUUUGGCGAGCUGAGAAUAUCGGAGCAACAGCAUAUGAAGGAUAAAUUUUGGAACUUUAUAUUCUACAAAUUCAUAUUUGUUUUCGGCAUUGUUAAUGUCCAAUACUUGCACGAGAUUGUUUUAUGGGUUGGAUGGUUCACAGCGAUUGGAUUUUUGCAUCUUAUGGCACAACUGUGUAAAGAUCGUUUUGAAUAUCUCUCCUUUUCACCAACAACUCCAGGAUGGUCACAUUUUCGUUUAAUUGCACUGCUUUCAUCUAUCUUUACUAUUUCUGGAAUAAUGAUUAUCGUUUCUAUCGUCUUUGGUUUCUUCAAUGGAAUUAAUAUGUGCGCUUUUAUGGGUGCGGAGUGCUUAAUUUUGGCGAUAAGAACAUUGCACGUUUUAAUACGUUAUGGAAUGUUCCUUUAUGACAUGAGACAAGGUGCCAUCAAUAAUGACUCGAUUUCAUGGGACAAGCGCGGAUCUAUUGCAUAUUAUACAGAAUUUGGAUUCGAUUUAGCAGCACUCCUUGUUGAUUUAGCUCAUCAUUUGCAUAUGUUGCUGUGGUCAAAUAUAUUCUUGUCAAUGGCUAGUUUAGUCAUCAUUAUGCAGCUUCGUUAUUUAGCAAAUGAGAUUCAACGGAAAUUUAAAAAGCACAGAAAUUAUUUAUGGGUUUUAAAGCAUAUGGAAAAGAAUUAUAAAUUGGCGACAGCAGAUGACUUGCAACAAAAUUCUGAUAACUGUGCAAUCUGUUGGGAGAAGAUGCUUACUGCCAGAAAAUUGCCAUGUUCACAUCUCUUCCAUGAGUCAUGUCUACAAAGUUGGUUGGAACAAGAUCAAAGUUGUCCAACAUGUAGAUUAGCAUUAAGUGUACAAAGUAAUCGAAUGCCAUCAAAUCGUCAACCGAAUGUAGAUAUUGAUGAGAUUGAGCAGUGGACUAAUGGAACUGGUGGACAAGGAGUUAAUGGAAAUGCCAGAAAUAAUCAUUUCUUUCACUUUAACGGUCAGCGCUAUAUUAGUUGGCUUCCAAACUUUAGCGUUGAGGUAUCAAACAUAAAUUCCGUUUUAAGAAAUGGACAUUUAGCAGCUACGCUAGUUCAGCAGCAACAACAAACAUCACAAUUACGUAAUAUGGCACGUCACAUACAAGAAAUGUUCCCUCACUAUACUCUCGAUGUGUUAAUAAGUGAUUUACAAGUAACACACUCAAUCGAGCAUACAAUCGAUAAUAUAUUGGAAGGUCGUUUGCCGGCACCAAGAAUUGUGGAAGAAGAAAAUCAAUCAUCCCCAUCAUCACCGUCCACUCCAUUUGUUCCUACAAAUGAUUUUUCAAAUUAUUCAAAUUUGUUAGACGAAAGUCCUUCGUCAUCAUCAACAUCCAGCUCAUCAAGUUCGACUGAUCAGUAUGAUAUUGAGCAGCAUGGCAGUAAUAGUAUGUUUGGUAAUCAAUUUGAAUUACUGAGAGACACGAGUCCAGAAAAUCAAAUUGGUGAUCCAUGGAGCAGUAAUCCGUCAUCCAGUGAAGGCAAUCGGUUUUCGAAAAGCUCUCAGGAACGAGAGAAAAUCCUUCUAAAAAGGAAGGAACAAAUGCUCUUUGUGGCACGUAAAAGAUAUUUGGAAAAGACAAAAAGCGGUCUCAAUUUGCCAUCAUCAUCAACAACAGUGUUAAAUAGUCAGACAAGUUCGAGCGGAACAGACCUCAGGCAUCGUACAUCAACCAAUAAUCAGGAAUAA